AUUUUAAUUAGAUUUCUGAUAAUCAGUCACCUUCAAGAACCAUUUCAAGAAUUAAAAAAAAAAAUGUGUAAAAAGGGUUUCAAUUUAUCAUGCUAUGCUUCUCUUUUACUGUAUGUAAUGUGAGACAUGUCUGAGAUUCUCUCUCUCCUCAUCACCUACCACUGAUAACUCCAUCCCUUCUUAUUAACCCCACCACCAUUCCAUUUCCCAGAAUUCCAUGUGCUAGUUGUAUUGUGCAAUUUUCUUAAACCGCAGACUAGGGUUUUCUGGUGGCACUGUGUUUAGGGUUUGCAGUAGGGUGGGGGCAAGUGUGGUGUGAGAAAGCUCCAUUUGAGCUUGGAUAUAGAGACCCGUUUGCUCAUUUCAAAAAACCCGAAAGGUAAAUCCAACCAAACUGCCUAUAUAUCUUCAACUUCUGACAAUGGGGUUGAUUUGGGUGUGUCUGCAUGGAUUCAUUUCAUAGUGGGUUUUAUGGUUUCCUGCAUAGGAGAUCUAGGGUUUGAGAUUGGUUUAUUUUGAGGAGGGUGUCCAGAAGUUUUGUGGCGGCUGCUCUUUAUUUUGAAUUCCAAGGAAUACAGGUGUCAUAGCAACAGCAGAAAUGGCGUCUGGUCUUCAGGCUGAACUAUCCAAGAAGACAUUUCUUUUUGGUCUUAAGGUGUGGGUUUUAGUGGGGAUCUUUGUGGGGGUGUUUAUUGUGAUAAUUCUCUUGUUGAUGUCACUGUGUCUUACUUCACGGAAGAAAUCAAGAAGGGCUAAUAACAAAAUUCCCCUUAGCCAAAUUCCAGCUAUUUCGAAGGAAAUCAAAGAGGUAAGGGUUGAUCAAGUUUCUGCAGACAACUGUGGUCCUCAUGAUGGAGUUUUCCUUGCCCUUAAUGACAAAUUCAGUGAUAAAGAAUCAGAGAAGGUUUUGAUCCCCACAAAAAAUGGGGAUAAUAGCAGUCAAUCUGGUUCCUUUAAUCAUGUGGAGAAAGAUGGUGUUGGGUCUCAAUCAGGAGAAGAGGUUGGUUCUGGGACCAUUAAUGUGUAUAGACCUUCUUCACAUCCUAUAACAGCCCCAUCACCUCUAAUUGGUUUGCCCGAGUUUUCUCACCUUGGUUGGGGCCAUUGGUUUACAUUAAGGGACCUGGAGCUUGCAACAAACCGGUUUUCGAAGGAAAAUGUCCUUGGUGAGGGUGGGUAUGGAAUUGUUUAUCGAGGCCAUCUGAUCAAUGGGACUCCCGUGGCUGUUAAGAAGCUCCUCAAUAAUUUAGGACAAGCAGAGAAGGAAUUCAGAGUGGAAGUUGAGGCUAUUGGUCAUGUGCGACAUAAAAACUUAGUUCGACUUCUGGGCUACUGCAUUGAAGGAACCCAUAGGCUGUUGGUAUAUGAAUACGUCAACAAUGGCAAUUUAGAGCAAUGGCUUCAUGGAGCGAUGCGUCAGCAUGGAUAUCUUACUUGGGAGGCCCGCAUGAAAAUUUUACUUGGCACUGCUAAGGCGCUCGCCUACUUGCAUGAAGCUAUUGAACCAAAAGUUGUGCAUCGAGAUAUCAAAUCCAGCAAUAUAUUGAUUGAUGAUGAAUUUAAUGCUAAGAUAUCUGACUUUGGUCUGGCCAAAUUACUCGGUGCAGGAAGGAGUCAUAUCACAACUAGAGUUAUGGGGACCUUUGGAUAUGUGGCUCCAGAAUAUGCCAAUUCUGGCCUUUUAAAUGAGAAGAGUGAUGUUUAUAGCUUUGGGGUUGUGCUCUUGGAAGCAAUCACUGGAAGAGAUCCAGUAGAUUACGGUCGACCUGCACAUGAGGUAAAUCUUGUUGAUUGGCUCAAGAUGAUGGUUGGCAGCAGGCGCUCAGAAGAAGUUGUAGACCCAAACAUUGAGACUAGGCCAUCAACAAGUGCCCUUAAAAGAGGCCUUUUGACUGCAUUAAGGUGUGUCGACCCAGAUGCUGACAAGAGACCAAAGAUGAGUCAAGUCGUUCGCAUGCUUGAAUCAGAGGAAUAUCCUAUACCACGAGAGGAUCGGAGGCGCAGAAGGAGUCAUGCAGGGAACAAUGAAGCAGAGUCCCAGAGGGAGAACUCUGAUACUGAUAGGAGUGAAAUUCCAGAUUCAAGGGCAGAGAAUAGAAGGAAGCAUCGGACAUCAGCAAAGGGGGCAAACCAUUUAUAGGAUGAGGGCUAUGACUACAUAAGAUAAAGGGUAAUUUCCACAUUCUUUCGACUUUGAAAUUCUUGGGGGCCUGCCUUACUUGCGAUCAAUGGGCAGGGGUCGAGCCAUUUAGGGAUAGAAUAUUUGUAUUUCGGUUUUGUAUUACCUACUUGUAGAUGUUGGAGAGAAAAUUAUUUUGUGUAUUAAAGUGGGGUUGGUUAUGAAACUCUCAAACCACUUGUGAUGUGUACAGAUCUUUGAAUUUUUUUUUUCCUUUUCAUUUCCAGAAUCCUUUUUGGGUUGAAGGUCUCUCUAGUACAUCAGAUUGUUCAUAAUUGCCCUUGCUGUGUAGAAAAAAUCAAACAAGGAAAAAAAGAAUGAUCUUUGUGAA